AUGUCCACGCCCAGCGACGCCGAGCUGCUCCACCAGCUACAGCAGCGCAUCGAGACGGUGACAGCAGCGAAAGCAGCCAAUGCAGCAGCUGGGAAAGCGCUGGACGAGAAGCUGCGCGCCGCGUUCAAGAGUCCUCCGCGACGCCCAACCGUGUCGCUCGAGCGCCUGCAGGAGGACAGGAAGCAGAAAGAGUGGCACCGCACAACGACGUCCAUGUCGGCAGCAGACGAGCGCGUAGUGUUGCGCGAGUUGCAGCACCUUCAGGACAAAGUUGCGCAACAUACGACGUGCGACAAGUUCCAGCGCGAGCUGGACACUUUGCGAGCGGAGCGACAGGAGCGCUUCGAGCAACAUAAGGCAAUGGACAGUACGUUGCAGCAACUGCAACACCAACGUCGACAGCUUCAGCUGGCAGCACACCUUGAGAAAGCAGUUGCUGACUUUGUGACGAUUUCCGUGCCGAUCCCGGCGGACAAGAUGGGUACACUCAUUGGCAAGGAAUUUGUCCGUGUCCAUCAGCUCGAGAAAGAGUGCUGUGUUAUACUUGAAGUGGACAAUGAACACAACAGUGUCAAGAUUACUAGUGCCUUGGAACAGGUGCAGACAGCCAAGAAGGCAAUCGAGGACGUUACGCUGGCGACCAGUCAUGCCAUUGGCUUGCACCCGGAUACGGUGAAAGUGCUGAUGUGUCAGCAAGCCAAGCUCUUGCGGGAGUUGGAAAAGUCACACCAGCUGAAGAUUGACAUUAGCAAGGCUGAAGGCAUCUUGACGGUCAUGGCCUCGCCUGACAAGGCCAAGCAAUUGGAAAACGCAAUUGAUGGUCUGACGGCUGGCAAAGUGGACAUUGCACUGCCAUCGGAGAUUGUGCCAAAGCUUAUUGGGAAGAAGGGUGAAGCAAUUAACAAGUUGAUGCAGGAUACAGGGGCUCUGGUGGACAUUGAUAAGGUUACGAACAAUGUCCGACUUGUUGGUACAAUGGAGAGCGUUGCUGACGCUGAAAUGUAUAUCCAAGAGCUCAUGAGCAAAGAGUCUCAGCAGGAGAAGAACUAUACACCUGAGAAUAGCGACUUGUUCAAGGGGUCAGAGUCUCCACCGUAUAAGUUUGAGUUCUUUGCCGAAUUCUUGAUGGCCAACAAGGCAAAGCAACUGCGUUUGCUGCGCGCAGACGCCUUAGGAGCGCGUAUCAAGGUGCUCAAAAAGGAACGUCAGAUUCAGGUCGUGGGCAACAGAAAGCAGAUUGACGCUUCGGAAAGUGCACUUCGUGAACGUCUUAAAGACUUCGAGCAAUGCCACUGGAUGCACAAAGUAGCCGACAAGCAUUUGCUGAGCCACGUUAUUGGUAAAAAGGGAAGCAAGAUUAAGGAGAUCGAAAGGAAAGGGAAGGAGAGCAACGUACGCAUUGACAUUCAGGACACGUACGUGUGCGUGUUUGGCGACGAUGCAGAGGCCAUCAACGGUGCUAGAGCUACGAUCAUGGAGAUUGUCGACAGCAGUCAGCGCUCGGUCUUUGUAACGUCGCGUGGUCUGAUUACUAUUUUGAUGGCGUCCAAGCGUGACAAGUUGACUGCGAUUGAAAACAGCAGCGGCUGCAAGCUGCACUUGCCCCCGCUAGUACGUGAUGCAGCAGCCCGGAGUAGCGGUGGCGAGUCGGAUCAAGUUAGGAUCUCGGUUGCUGGUACACAGGAUGCUAUUCGAAUGGCCAAGGAACAGCUAGAGGAAUUAAGUGAGACCCAUCAUGUCCAGUACCUUCCGCUGGAUGAUGACGAAGUUCCGAUUGUGAUCGGUAAGAACGGUGAAACUGUGGCCGAUCUUGAAACCAAAAGUGGAUCCAAGGUCCGCGUGCUGCGAGGAACAGGCGGUCAGUCUUCUGAGCUAGAAAUGUUUGGCACGCAAGAUCAGCUCAAGGUCGUUCAGACUGCCGUUGCUGAUCUAUUGCAUACGCAACACCGCCAGCUCUUACAACUAGAUGCCUUUUCCACAGGCUGCUUGAUCGGCAAGAAGGGAGACCGAAUUAAGGCACUGCGUCUUGCUCACCCUGAUGCUACGUUAGACGCGUUUCCAAACCGUGGGCAAGUUCGCGUGAAGGCAGUAACUCCUGAAGCCCUUCAGGCUUGUGUUGAUGACGUGCUCAAGACGCUGCGUGAAACUCAUGUGGUUGAGACGGUCCAUGUCUCGCAGCAUGAGCCGCAAAGAGCUACAGGGUUGCCGCGUGGCUCUACUGUGCCAAUUUCACCCAACUUUAGUACCGUUCUAGAGAAGAAUAAGUCUGUCGCGAUACGGUUGCGGGAGUUGGAGGCCGAAGGUGGGGGAGGUAUGCGAGUGUCUAUUGAGGAUGGUGGCAUGGUGGCUAAGAUUCGUGGUCCUGCAUUAGGAAUUCGCAAGAUAAAAGAAUUCUUGGAAAUGUUGGUGUCACCCGGAUCACACUUUGUCGAGACCGUCCCGCUGCCUUCGAUUGCAUUUGCGAGUGCUUUGGGGAUCAAGGAUGACGCUGGUAAGCUUAAUGAGAAUGCGUUGCGGAUCUGCAAGCAUACCGGAUGCAACCUUCGCAUUACGCGUUCGUCAGCAGCUGGUGCUGCUGAAGAAGGCACUGUUCGUAUCGAAGGCACCAACGCCUCCAAUGUUUACAAGGCCAAGACGGAGGUCGAAAAUGCACUUCAGUUUUACUACCCAGACUGUUUCACGACGUUGGACAAUCUCCCUAUCUUUAUUGCGACCCGUCUUUACGAGCUGCUGCCUUCUCUCCGCGUCAAGUAUAAUGUCGUAUUUUCGCUGCCUACUAAGACGAGCCUCAAAGUCUUUACGGACUCCAAGUUGCAUGCUGUGGAGAUUGCAAAGCAGCUAGAACAAGAUGUCAAGGCUUGGAAGGAGCAACUUGUGGAGCUGCCGAUUGCUGGUUGGCUCGUACCGAUCUUGGUCGGCCGAAAUGGUGACACCAUCAAAAAGAUCAGCACGGAAAGCAAUGCUCGACUGGAUUUGAGUGCACCGUCGCCAUCGGGGUCACGCCACAAGGAUCGUGUCCUUACCAUCAGCUCGAAGGACAAUGCGGCUGUCAAGACGGCAACCGAAAAGGUAAAGGAAAUCCUCAUCCAUCAUGAAAAUUUGUCUUCGGUCGUGCAUGUCAGCAAGGCCAAGUUGGACGUGGCAUUAUCCGUCAAGAAAGAUGCUGCAAAGGGUGUGCAGUUUCACGUUACCGAUGGUGAGGAGGAGGGUGAUUUGCAAGUUGUGAUCUGCAGCGAUGAUCACAACGAGCGCGAGCGCAUUGUGGAGAUGAUCGAGCAUCUCCUCGACAAGUGUGUGGUGAUGACGAUUGCUUUGCCCACCUCCGUCUCGCCUUCUUUUGCAAGUUCCAUGAUCGGAUCUUUGAUCGGAAAGAGCGGUGCGAAUAUCCGUGCUCUACAGAAGCAGUUUAGCAAUGUGACGAUCGACAUUCGUCGUGAUACGAACUCUAUCACGCUAAAGGGUCUUGCAGCCGAAGUCGAAAAGGUUAACACUGUUAUGGGGGACAAGAUCAAGGAACUGCUGCGCAGUGAGGACGAGUUUCAGCAGCGUCGUAACAGUCGUUGCCAGAACGAAUCUGAGAAGCAGGAAGACAAUGAGAAAGAUACUAGCAGUGCACAUGACGAAAAAGCUGUUGACGAAACGUCGCAGCCGCUGGUACAACAACCACCGCUUGCUAAGAACGUAGGCCCCGUAGGUGGCACCACUGGUACGGGAGAUAUCAAGCUUACGAAAAACCAGCGCCGCCGCAUGCGAAAACGCGCUGAGAAUGAGAAGCUGGACGCGCUGUCGACGUGA